AUGGACGGAAACAAAGACGAUGCUUUGAAAUGCUUCAAAAUUGGGAAAGAAGCUUUGGAAGCUGGGGAUCGAACCCGUGCCCUAAAAUUCCUAACUAAAGCUCGACGUCUCGAUCCGACGCUACCCAUCGACGAUCUCUUAUCGUCGAUUGAGGGCAAUUCCAAUCCUCAGUCCGGUUCAGAUGCUGGCGGGUCUGCCAAUGGGCCAUCUGGGUCGGCUUCAGCUAAGCCGUCCGAUCAACCCUCGCUUCGCCAAAGAGUUCCGUCAACUGAUGGAUCUUCAUCCUCUAAAGUAUCACCAGCUGCUGCGUACACAGAGGAGCAGAUUGCGAUUGUGAGGCAACUGAAGAAGAAGAAGGAUUACUAUGAGAUUUUGGGGGUGGAAAAGAGCUGCACUGUUGAAGAUGUUCGAAAGGCUUAUAGAAAACUGUCUUUGAAGGUUCACCCGGAUAAGAACAAGGCGCCGGGAGCUGAGGAAGCGUUUAAGGCUGUGUCGAAGGCGUUUCAGUGUCUUAGCAAUCAAGAGAGUAGGAAAAAAUAUGAUGUUAUGGGCUCGGAUGAGCCUGUUUACGAGAGACGUGCUUCCAGCCAUGCAGCACAUGGAUUUAAUGGUUUUUAUGAUGGGGAUGUUGAUGCUGAGGAGAUCUUUAGGAACUUCUUCUUUGGAGGAAUGGCACCGGCAACCCAGUUCCGUGGAUUCAGUUUUGGGCAUGGCGGAAUGGGACAGAGGGCUGGUGGUGAUCAUGGUUCUGGCGGGUCCCAUAUUCGGACUCUAAUUCAGUUGUUGCCUGUGUUGCUUAUUCUGCUUGUCAACUUUAUGCCAUCUUCGGAGCCUAUCUAUGCCCUUUCCAGGUCCUAUCCCUAUGAAUACCGCUUUACUACGGAAAAGGGUGUUAAUUUUUAUGUUAGGUCAACCAAGUUUGAGCAAGAUUUCCCGCCAGGUAGCUCGGAGCGUGUCACGCUAGAGCAACGCGUUGAGAGAGAAUACUUCAAUAUUCUCUCCCAGAACUGUCGGCUUGAGCUGCAGCGCCGCCAGUGGGGAUUUAUUCGUGAAACACCACAUUGUGACAUGUUGCAACGGUUUGAGACGGCAGCUUAA